UUUUGUUUUUUCCUCCUGUUCAACAUGGCGGCUCGCAGGAGAGUUAAGCGCGUGGCCGCCUCUCAGCCUGGAUUUUUAACUUUAAAGUCCUCAAUAGACCCGUCAGGCUUGGCAAGCAGUCGGAGGAAACGCGUGAACAAGAAUAAAAAGAAGAACUGGAAUAAAUACAGCGACAUUAAUGACGUGGAGGAUUUUCUAGAAGACAUCAGGCUCCAAGAGAGGACCACCGGGGGUCUGCUGUCUGAGAAGACGGAUGAGAGCUUAUUUUAUGUUGAUCUUGGGCAGCCGGAGAAACCAGAACCGGAAGUUGAAAGUGUGCAGCCUGAUGAUGGAAAGAAGAGGAAAGGGAAAUCCUCACGUCCUCUAAGAAUAGACCUCAUCCUUCAACGGGAUUCUCUGGUUCCUCCUCCUAAAGAUAUUCUGGCCUACCAGCAACCCAACGCUAAGAAACUCCGCCGCAUCGCCCAGAAGGCCGAGCAGUUGGCAGCCAAAGGCGUGGUGCCACGGCGACAGAAGCUGCUGUUGAACCGACGGCCUGUGGACAGGACAGUGAAGAAAGCAGUGGCAGAGGCCAACAAUAACCCAGAGCGAGACUAUUACGACAUCUGGGGGCAAGAGGCCAAAGUUUCUGCCGAUCCCUGGUAUCUGCAGCAGACUGGGAAGAAGCUGGUGAAGCGUCCAGAAAAGCUGAACGAGAAGCCGUCUGUGCUUCCAGCCGUGGAGGUGAUCGCUCCAGGAGGCUCCUACAACCCAGACUUCUUCUCCCACCAGGUNUUGCUCCAAGAAGCUCAUGAGGUGGAGGUCCAGAAAAAGAAGCAGGAAGAGAAAUUAGAGAGACAGCUGGCUGUCAACAAAGAGGACAAAGCUACAGAGGAGACAAACUUUCACGAGGUAGUGGAAGGUUUGGUGGAGGAGGAGGAGGAAGAAGAUGAUGAAGAAAAGGCAUCUUGUUCAAAGGAAGACCACGAAGCGGCGCUGGCGGCCAUCGCUGUGUCUCAGAAGAAGACAGAAAAACAGAUCAAGAAAGAAAAGGCGGAAAAGAUAAAGGAGCAGCAGCGGCUGAACAGCAGGAGGCAGACGGAGCAGCAGCAGCAGCUCUUCCAGCUCCGUUCCAUCAAGGCCUCCAUCAGACAGCAGGAAGAAAAGACCAAAAGCAAACGGAUGCAGCGCAAAGCCAAGCAGGAGGCUCAGAAAGCUCAGCCCAGACGCCUGGGGAAACUAAAAUUCCAGGCUCCUGAUUUGGACGUACAGUUAAGUGAUGAGCUGGCCGGCUCCCUCCGACGGCUCAAGCCAGAGGGCAGCAUCCUAAAGGAUCGCUUCAAGAGUCUACAGAAGAGGAACCUCAUUGAACCCAGAGAGAGAGCCAAGUUUAAGAGGAGACUCAAGGUGAAAUACGUGGAGAAGAGAACCUUUAAGGAGAUCACAUAAUUGCCUGUAACAAAGUUGAAUAAAAUGUAAAAAACAAC